AUGACAAUCAAUGUUAGACUAAGAGUUAAUAAUACAAAGGAUGGAUCAGAGUACUAUCAUCCUCUUGAAGAUACAACCAAUUCAAUCGGAAGAACAUGUCCUCCGAUCAUCGCCGAUUCAAGAAUAAGUCGAAAACAUGCAGAAAUCAUAGUGUCUCAAGAAACAUCGACUGUGACAUACCUUCAAUUGGGUCAGAAUAUUGGAAAGUUGUUUAGAAGUAAUAGCACUACGGCUGCUAAUAAUAAUGGUAGUGGUGGUGGAAGUGGUGGAUGUGUUGGUAGUGGUGGUAGCUCUAAUGGAACAAGUAGUGACAAACCAAUCAAACUGGUCAAGGGUCAACCUGCAACAUUACUGGCCAAUGGUGAUACUAUCUAUCUUUGCGAUCACACUGAUAUCAUAUUGACCGUCAUCAUUGAAGACGAUCAAAUACAACCAAUGGAAACUGGUAUUGAAGAUGAUCAAGCUACUCAAGUAGAUGAUUUAGAUUUAUUCCAUGAUGAUGACUUUCAAGCUGCAUCUGCCGAUAAUGGUGAAGAUGGAGACGAUGGUGAUGAUGGUGAUGGUGAUGGUGAAGGGGAUCAAGAUGAUCAAUUAUUAAAGAAAAGAGAUAGAGGUGAUUAUGAACAACAAGGUAGAGUAACAAAAGACCGAUUAAAAAAGAUUAAAUAUGCAACACGACCUGCUGUCAAUGCAAACAAUCCCGGAGAUGUACAAAUAGCAACAACAGUUACAACAACUACUACUACUACAACUACAAAUAACAAUAAUACAAUUCAAAUUAAUACAACUGUUCAACAACAACAAACACCACAAAAACAACAACAAAUGGUUGCACCUCAAAGUAAACCAAAUAGUUCACCAAUUUAUAUUGCAGAUGAUACAAGAGUUAAUUUAUCUGAAGAUGAAUUGGUAUAUAUUCGUAGACUUGGACAAGGUUCAUGUGGAGAGGUUAGUCAAUAUGAAUGGAGAGGUACACAAGUGGCUGUCAAGAUCAUUUUCAGAUCAUUGAUUCACAAGGAAAAGAAUGGAGAGUUUGAAAAGGAGACUCAAAUAUUAAAGUGUCUCAGACAUCCAAAUGUCGUACUCUUUAUGGGUACUUGUUUGCUCAAGGGUAAUCUUGCCAUCAUCACAGAGUACCUAAACAAGGGAUCACUCCGCGAUGUACUAAACUCAAAAUCACAUUUGUCAUGGAACACUAAAAUCAAAAUGAUGUUGGAUGUUGCUCAAGGAAUGAACUAUCUUCAUUCUUACAAUCCAAAAAUCAUUCAUCGUGAUCUCAAAUCACUCAACCUCUUGGUAGAUAAUAACUAUAACGUUAAAGUUAGUGAUUUUGGUUUAUCCCGUUUUUCAACUGGUAAUGAAGCUCGUACUUUUUGUGGUACGUUACCUUGGAUUGCUCCUGAAGUAUUUACAAGAUCAGGAUAUUCAACAAAAGCAGAUGUAUUUAGUUUUGGUGUAGUUUUAUGGGAAGUUUUAACAAGACAAACACCAUCUGGUAAUAUUGCUGGUUCUACCAAUGGUCAUCCUGAUAUUCCACCUGAUUGUCCAAUACCUUUUGCUCAAUUAAUUAAAGAUUGUUGUUCAAAAUCACCAGAACAAAGACCAAACUUUACACAAAUUAUAAAUAGAUUAAAAUCAAUGUUUGUAAUUAAAAAGGAAAAUGAAAACAAAUCAAAUAAUAGUCAAGAUGAAAAUAAUAAUAGUAAUAAUAAUAAUAAUAAUAAUAAGGAAAAGGAAGAAGUAAAGAAUCAAAAAUUAUAUGAAUGGAAGAUUGAUAAUAGUGAAAUAUCACAAUUAACAUUUAUCAAAAAGACAGAAACCUAUACAUUGUUUUCUGGUAUGUACAAGGGUGAAUUGGUAGCACUCAAAACAUUUCAACAGAGUGUACAGGAUUUUGAAAGAAAGGAACUGUCUGUAUUGGCCAAUCUUCAAUCACCGAGGAUUCUAUCAUUUCAUGGUGUAGUGUACAAUGAAGAUGAAUAUGCUCUUGUCACUAGUACCUAUGGUCAAUCACUACUCCAACAUAUGACCGACACCACCCCUGACAUUGUAUUCAAUUGGCAACAUACUAUUGACCUUGCCAUUCAAGUUGCAGAAUGUCUACACACACUGCAUCAAUUUAAACCUGCUAUUUUACACAGAGGCAUUACUAGCGAAUGCUUUGUAUUCAAAUCCAAUAGUCAAGAACAACACAUGCUUGCCAUUGGUGAUUUUGGUCUUUCAAGAUUUAAUACUCAUGAAAAUCUACUUUCACUUGCUCAAAUUAAAGGAAGUUAUAUUUAUUCUCCACCUGAAUUAUUCAAGUCAGUUAAAUAUAGUAUAAAAUCAGAUAUUUAUAGUUUUUCAAUUGUAUUGUGGGAACUCAUUGAAAGAUGUUUAAAGGGUAGUUAUCAAACUCCAUUCUCUGAUAUUAAAUUGGAUUAUGAUUUUCAAAUUAUUCAUCAAACUAGUAAAUUUAACAAAAGACCAUUAUUGGAUGAUAAAAUACCACAAGGAUUAGUUAAAUUAUUAAAAUCUUGUUGGGAUUCUGAUCCUCAACAGAGACCUGAUACUGAACGUAUCAUUGCUAUAUUAAAAGAACAAAAAGAGAAAUUGAGUUCUCCCAACUCAAACUCAAAUUCAUCCUAA